AUGAAAAAUUCUGCUACAGUCACAUCAGCAAAAUCGCCCACUUCAACGUUGGUCCACGCACUCCUCGACAACGGUUAUAAUUCCAGCGAUCGUCCUGUCUUCAACGAGAAUGAAACCAUAAAUCUAACAAUCAUUGCGAAUGAACUUAGUCUUUUACGAAUGGAUCAAGCCGAAGAGACAGCAAUAUUUUCCGCGGAAUUCAUUUUAGAAUGGAAAGAUGUGUUUCUUAAAUGGGAUCCAGCCGAUUACGAUGGACAAAAGAGAGUGAAAAUUAAAGAAAUUGAAAUAUGGAGACCGGAUGUUACCGUAUCGACAAGCAUAUCGAAAGAGUCUCUCUUGGAUCCGAAUGAACGAUACUUGGACGUUUUUUACGAUGGGACAGUUCGGCUGAGCCUUUACGCUGUUUAUACGAAUUUCUGCAAUAUGAAGGUCAACCGAUUUCCCUACGAUUCUCAAAUUUGCAUAAUCGAUAUAGGUCCUUGGUCCUAUACAGACGAUGAAGUACAUAGUAUACCUGGAAAGAGUAUAGAAGUACCAACCGAAGGAUUCAAGGGAAACAGCGAAUGGGACUUCAAAAAACUUCUAACAUCCGAAAAGUACUCGAGUGAUAGUGAUGCUGACUUUCACUAUACAGAAGUUCGUUUUGAGCUUUAUGUCGAACGUCGACCACAGUUUUAUCUCUGGGUGCUACUCAUUCCAACAUUUGUUAUCACCACAGUAUCGAUAUGUGGUUUAUUCAUACCAACGAAUAUAUUGGGUGAUCGUGAAGAAAAAGUGAAUCUAGGAUUAACCACAUUACUGUCUUCGGCCGUCAUUCUUGAAAUUGUUGCUAAUUAUAUGCCGAAAGCGUCUGCUCUACCGCUUUUAGGAAAUUUCAUCCUAGCCGAGAUAUUUGUCGUAGCUGCCGGUGUUAUAUGCUCAGUGAUAAGCUUAACGGUGCAUCAUCGUGCGAAUACUCGUAAAUGGAAGCCUAAAGCAUGGGUGUUGAAAAUUCUUGGACUCACAAGAGUAGAGUUUAAAGCUAAAGCUGUGAUAUACAGUAACCCUCAGUUACUGUAUGAUGGUUCUAGAAAGUUCAUCGCAGCUUCCAGGAAUAAAAUGGAGAAGAAGAAGAAGAAAAGCACGGAUACGUUGUUGAUGCAAAGCUCUCCAUGGGUUGAUUUCUCCGCCUCACUUCACUCGCUUCUCGACUAUCUGGAUGAGGAAGAGGUGGAUCGUGUCCGAGAACUCGCCUGGCUGAAAUUAUUCGAUCGUCUUGACGUUAUCCUCCUUGCCACAUUUCUCAUUGGGAAUUGUAUCGUGACAAUUGUAGUAUGUGGUCAUUGA